AUGCGGCCUCUGCCUAGCUUCCUGCUUCUAUGCGCGAGCUACGGCGUGACCGCUAUCGUUUAUGACUUCUCUACCGGGAAGAACGGCCUCGACUACUGCAUCGCCGAGGCCGACACCACCAGCGACAUGACAGCGUCGACCACCAUGGCAGCUCCAACCCCGUCCGAGUCCACCAUUUGCUUCGACGAUCCAUUUUCUGACUUCUUCCUCGCUAUUUGCAGAUUUCGGACCAGAACAAGUGAGGACACGGAGCUUGGUCACUUUGCUUGCUCGUUCCUGAGUUACUACGUCGUUCCUACUGCGUGCCUCGCCGUCAACAUGUCUGCCGCCCUCAUCUCCAAUGCCGUCUACUGCGAAUCAUGGUGCACUACGAGUGCCUAA